CUUUGCCUGGCGCCGACCCCGAGGAGAGAACUUCUUUACUCCUGGAUCGGCCAUCAGAAAAGGAGAAACGUCGAUUAGACGCUGCGUCGAGUAUAGAAGAUUUGUAUCCGACUUCAGAAGUUGAGCCUGCGGCGACACUCAGAAUGCACACAAUAUGGGAUCCGGUAUUCACAAAUCAAUUCGAAAAUGAGAAAAAUCGAAUGAAUGGUGCUGCCGAUCAUGGGAAUAGAGUUCUAGAGCGACCCUCGUCAGGGAGUAGAGCAACAAGUGCACCAGAAGAUAGUACUACGAUAGAAGAAGACUACCCAACAUCACCAUCACGACGAACAUCAGGAACAGGAACAUCUUCAGCGGAGCCCUCUGCUGAUGGAGAAAAGCAAAACACACCUUCUUCGGAGUUCACUUGCACUGACGUGGUUUCUCCUGAUAGUGCGUUGCAACAGGCGUUGCGACGAUUUCUUAUGCCACGUAGUACUAGUAGUAGUAACACUCCAUCCUCUUCCUCUUUCUCUUUUUCUUCUUCACGAGAUGAACAAGAACAACAUCAAGAGCAAGAUGAAACAGACCGUAAGACCUUCCGCGCGUUGGGCCUAUGGCUACGAAAGGUCCUAGCGGAGCUCGAUGACGGUCCGAUAUCUCUAGAACGGUUUUUGCUGCUAGUAUAUGACAAUGUGGCGGAGAUGAAGACCGUGCCGAACGUCGACUUUACCAAAGUUCCGUACACGUAUGGUAGUGCGGGGGGGACGACAUCUGAGAAGGCAGGUUCCGACUCACACUCACAGACCACGACUACGAACAAGGCUCCGGAAGAUGCUGCAGCUGCUGCUGCAGAGGAUUCAUCAGGUAGUAUCCGAAACCUCCGUGACGGUCUUGUUCGUCUGGUUUUCUCCCCAAAAUGGCGCACUUUAGUGGAAGAAGUCGCCAAGGCUUUUGAGGUUCCUUUCUCCCACAUUCGCAUGCGCAAGAAUGCUUUUUAUCGAGACACUCACAAAGACUUCGCUGCUUAUAUGAGAGGCGACGCUGCUUUUCGUGACAAAGAAGAGAACUUCUUAUUCCCAAUCAUGUACAUAGCGAACAUCCAAGAACUGAACCUAAACUCUGUCGGCGGCGCGCGAGCGUUGGGGGAUUAUCGGAGACUCGUAGCAGCUGAUCAAAGGAAAUACUGGUUGCGUGAUUUCGUGCAGGAUUGUGGGUAUCAUCAUGUUGGGGAAGAAAAUAAUCUGUACACCAGUAUUCGUCAGCGAUACGGCUUGCCGCCUUCUUCAAUUAAGGCUUCCCGCCCUAAUCCAUCUCGUCUAUAGACCUGAUCCCUCAAGCAUAUGCGCACCAAUACUUACAAGGGGAAUAUCAAUACUGACGCACCAUACGCUUGAGGGAUUUCCACAGGGAAGCCGAACUGGGGAAUAAAGGUCUAACUCAAGAACAGCUGCGUCUAAUUCUGCUGAACCCUCCGAACAAGAGGAUGUAAUACAUCUCCGUUCCAAAAUCUUGGGUUACGACACCACCUCCAAAGCUAUAGCAUCUACAUCUACAACUAGCGACGACGGCCGCGUAGUACUAGAACAACAAGUAGAUGAAGAACUUCUUCUAGAAGAUCCCACCACAGCUGCCUGGCAUCUCUGGGCGCCUGCCGAAGCAGUUCAGGCGAUCGACACCGUCUUGGAGGAACUGCGAACUCCGGAACAGCUGUACACUGCGCCUGGGCAUAUUGAUGAUAUGGAGAUCUAGAAGAUGGAUCAUCAACAUAAAUCUAAAUGUAGUUGUAUGUACUUAUAUACUUCCUUGUUUGCUUUGAGCAGACAUAUAGAUAAGUACUCUAAUUAUAAAAGCAAAUCUACUUAAGUACCUCAUGAAUGGGUACACUACUACUACUAGUACUACUAGGGACCACUUGUUUCUACUUCUAAAACCAUCGAUGACAAGCUGCUUCGAAAGAUCGCUGACCGCGUCUAUGGCCCUGGGCGACCUCGCGACGGAGACGCUGAAGGCAACGAGUCUUCAAACCAAAAAUACCGAAAACCAAAAUUCAAGACGGAGUUUCUGAGUGCCUUUCCGGUAUCGCCAUCUAGGUUGGAAGAAGACUAUGGCUGGCCAGAUUUUUGGACUCCAAUGGAUUUCAAUAUCACACGGGAGAUUUAUUUUGAAAAAACUUCAAUAAUUUCGACUUCGACUAGCAGUAGCACCUCCAUAAGUAGGCCAAUCUCCACAGUCCCCUCGUCCACCAGACGAAGAACUGCUGCUAGCACUCAAGCUUGCCAUAGUCGUGUGGCUUUACUAGCGAGAUCCGAGGAAGUGGUUGCUUGGUAUUUGGAAGAAACCGUACAAAGGGGCGAGAUAUUUCAAUCCUACGUAAAACGCUUCGCUCGUCUUGCCUUAAACCAGUUGCACGUGCGACCAAGCUCCGUUGACGAUCCUCUUCUGCUUCUUUUCUACUACCUGUUGACGGAUGCUUAUGGCUGUCCUUCACUAGUAACAUAGUGGCCCCAAUAAUUCAUUUGCUGCAGUAAUCUCGUUUAUCCUGAUCAUGAGCAGGUCUGAAAUCAUGCGUUGCUCUUCCUCAUAUAGGGAAGAGAUUUCCGAAUUCACGAACAACGACCAUCUCGCGAAUAAGUUCGACCCCCUCCACAGGGAAGUCGACCCCCCCUUUCAUACUCCUCUCUUCCCGUUCCUGUACGCGUAUAACCGUGAACAUCGACUCGCCUUCGACCAGAUUCAUCGAGCAUUUUUGCGAGAUUCGGUGCUCAGUCGAGGAAUGGCCGAAACAUUUGGAGUACAAUUUGACGAGCAAGGAACGGGCCAAAAGUGGUAUGAGGAUCCAAAAAAGCCUGGUGCGCAGGACCGCUUAGGUCGAGUCUAUACGCGCGCGUCCAACGACCCCAGCCGCUUCGUACGCGUGAUGAAAUUUUUCCUCUUUUUGAAGCUGAUCCAAGUGGACAAUCGGUGUGUGCUGCAAAGGUGGAUGUACAAACGAUUGGAGGAAGAGCGAUUUUUGUGAGUUGGAGGCGCAUCAAAGAAGGGGGAGGGGUAGAUAAUGAACGAAUAUAUUUAUAAUUACGACUAGUAAGUUGAUGGCGGGGUGGAUCAAAAAAUACGCAGAGAUUCAACUGAAGAUUCAUUGAUUUCACAGAAGAAUAACGAGCAAACUUUCACUCAAAAGCAAAUAUUUUCGAUGGAUCAACUUAGACGCGGUUCUUCCUUGAAGAUAGUUUUUUCUCUAUAGCACCCACGCUCUUCACAACGAUCGAAAUCACAUCAAGUGACAACAAAUGAAAAGGACAAUGAAAUUGAAAUUAUGCAUAUUCACUUGAUGAUCCAUCCCUGUUUUUACUUUCAGGGGUCCCCAUCUUCAGGGUCACCACCUUAUAUGUUUGCUCCUGCAGAAGAUAGUGAUAGUAUAGCAUGAAGAUGUCGG